AUGAAUAAGUUGAAGUCUUUCAAGAAAGGUAUCGAAGAUGUUCGUCAGGGCAAUGAGACAGCACUGGAAGCUAGCAAAAAAGAACUCACGUCUAUUCCUGAACUUCCGGAGCUGGAGUUGAGGGGACUUCGUUCUCUCAUACUUGGAAUGAAUAGGCUAGACGCUCUUCCUAGAGGGUUUGGUGCAUUUCCUGCGCUUGAAGUUCUUGACUUAACAUAUAACAAUCUGGCAACUCUUCCCGAUAAUUUCUUUAAUUUGGGCACGUUGCGGGCGCUUUACUUGUCUGACAAUAAUUUUGAGCAGCUUCCGGCAGGAAUUGGGAACUUAUCAAACCUAGAGAUUCUUGCUUUGAGGGACAACGACCUCAUCUACCUCCCUCCUGAAAUUGGUAAACUGACAAGGCUGAAGGAACUUCAUAUUCAAGGAAAUCGAUUAACUGUGUUGCCUCCAGAACUAGGAAAUCUUGAUCUGACGGGUCCGAAGCAGGUUGCCAAGCUAAGUGGAAAUUAUUGGGUUUCUCCCAUCGAAGAUCAACUUCAAGUCGGGUUAUCCCACGUUUUUGACUACAUUCGAUCAGAAACCUACAAGUUCCUUCAUGACAGGCAUUUAACGAUGGAUCCACCAGUACCACCAAAAGCCGACAGAUCGAAGAAGAUAAGUCGGAAGCGCUGA